AUGUAUAAACGGAAUGGCCUGAUGGCCAAUGUCCUGGUCACCUCUCCGACUCCCCAGGGCAGCAGCAGCUCAGACUCUCUGGAAGGACGGAGCUGUGACUACGCCAGUAAAAGCUAUGAUGCCGUUGUGUUUGAUGUAUUGAAAGUGACUCCUGAGGAGUUUGCUAGCCAGAUUACUCUCAUGGAUAUUCCAGUAUUCAAAGCUAUACAGCCAGAGGAAUUAGCCAGCUGUGGAUGGAGCAAGAAAGAGAAACAUAGCCUCGCCCCUAAUAUUGUGGCUUUUACCAGGAGGUUUAAUCAGGUCAGCUUUUGGGUUGUGCGGGAGAUUCUGACAGCACAGACUUUAAAAAUAAGGGCAGAAAUCCUGAGCCAUUUUGUGAAGAUAGCAAAGAAACUUCUGGAGCUCAACAAUCUUCAUUCUCUCAUGUCUGUGGUAUCAGCAUUACAAAGUGCACCCAUUUUCAGACUGACAAAAACAUGGGCUCUUUUGAAUCGAAAAGACAAGACCACUUUUGAAAAGCUGGACUACUUGAUGUCUAAGGAAGAUAAUUAUAAGAGGACUCGAGAGUAUAUCCGAAGCCUGAAGAUGGUCCCUAGUAUUCCCUAUUUAGGAAUUUAUCUUCUGGAUUUAAUCUAUAUCGAUUCUGCAUACCCAGCUUCAGGAAGCAUCAUGGAAAAUGAACAAAGAUCCAAUCAGAUGAACAAUAUUCUGCGAAUAAUAGCUGACUUACAAGUCUCCUGUAGCUACGAUCACCUCAUAACAUUACCACAUGUGCAAAAGUAUUUGAAGUCUGUCCGCUAUAUUGAGGAGCUUCAGAAGUUUGUUGAAGAUGACAAUUACAAAUUGUCUCUGAGAAUUGAACCAGGAAGCUGUUCUCCCCGACUGGUAUCUUCAAAGGAGGACCUUGCAGGUCCCUCAGCUGUGUCAGGUGCCCUGAGGUUCAGCCGGAGGCCGACCUGUCCGGAUACUUCAAUUGCCGCCAGCCUCCCCACACCCCCUGUCCCGCGUCACAGGAAGAGCCACAGCCUGGGAAACAAUAUGAUGUGUCAGUUCAGUGUAGUUGAGAGUAAAAGUGCAACGUUCCCAUCGGAGAGACCUCGUCACCUGCUGGAUGACAGUGUUCUAGAGCCCCACAGUCCAGGCAGGGGCCAGGGCCGGGGCCUGACCCUCACCUCCUCUGCUGUCACCAAUGGACUCUCCUUAGGCAGUAGUGAAAGCUCAGAGCUUAGCGAAGAGCUGUCUUCAGGGCUCGAAAGGGGUCGACUCUAUGCUACCUUGGGACCCAAUUGGAGGGUUCCAGUUCGGAACUCUCCCAGGACCCGGAGCUGUGUCUACAGUCCCACAGGACCAUGCAGCUGUGCACUGGGGAACUCAGCAGGGGUCAUUACCAUGGAGGGACCUUUGAGAAGGAAAACAUUACUCAAGGAAGGACGAAAGCCUGCACUUUCUUCAUGGUCUAGAUACUGGGUAACACUUUCAGGAUCAACUCUGCUCUAUUUUGGAGCUAAGUCCUUACGGGGUACUGACAGAAAACAUUAUAAAUCCACUCCUGGAAAAAAAGUUUCCAUUGUUGGAUGGAUGGUACAGUUACCAGAUGAUCCUGAGCAUCCUGAUAUUUUCCAGUUGAAUAAUCCUGACAAAGGCAAUGUUUACAAGUUCCAGACUGGCUCCAGAUUGCACGCAAUACUGUGGCACAAGCACUUGGAUGAUGCAUGUAAAAGCAACAGGCCUCAGGUACCUACUAACCUUAUGUCGUUUGAAUAA